AUGACGUCUCCAAAGGUUGCUUUUUCGCAAAUCGAAUGCAAUAUUUCAACAGAAGAUCAUCGAUGAUGUUUGGACCUAUCAAAAAGUCGGCACGCCGUUUCCCUGUCAUGGUCAAAAGGUUCAAUAAUAAACUAACCGGAAAUAUACUGGUCAGUAAAAUCUCUCUGUCAAUUAAAAAAACAAUCAAAGCGAGUCUACCUCCGAAUUUCUCCUGUCUUCUAGAGAGAAUUAAAAAGAGAUCGGGCAAAGAAAAGAAGGUCUCUGAUCUGAUCUUUGAUAGCUCCAGCUUUUGGAAUUAGAGGCAUGCAGAUGUGAACCUUUAGUGGACCAUGUUGAUUAUAUAAAGGGGGAAAUUUUAUGGAUGGGUCUUCACGCGAUUAGCGAAUAAGUAUGCACGUAAAAGUAGCUUCAAAGUCUCGUUUCUGAUUCAAGUUUAGAUUAACCUAAAACGCGUGUUAGAGAUAUUGGAUGACUCGUGUUCUAUUUCUGAAUCAAGGAUCUGCUCAAGUUGAAUGUCAAACAGGCGCUGGGGGAAGCGAACAAGUACGUGGCGCUUUGGUAUAAGCACGGGAAGCCGGUUAUGGGUCAGGCUUGGAACGACAGCGGCGUCGUCCAGGUCCGAAAGGCCUUGCGAGGGAGCUGCCAACAUAUUCGUUUGCAGUGUUCUUUUUCGAUGGACAAAAAAUGUUAUACGGGUGCUGAAGUCGGCGGCGGAAUUCAGCUCCUCAUUUAUGAAGGAAACCACGUAACCAAGAGUUUCUACUACGACUGGAUCAACCUUACAACGUGGCGGGUGAAUUUUUCUUCUGCCGGCGCUCUUAAUUUAUUUAUAGUCCUCACUGAGCCGAGAGAAGUACGAUAUAGUGCGUUGCGGAUCAGCUUCACCAGCAUUUUGGAAGGAGAGGCGACUUCUCGGUAACUACGAUAUCGACAGCGACAUAGCGACAUUCGCCGAAGAUGAUCACACCGAGGUAUCGCUGAAAGUGAGCUGGAUUACCUUCUGCGCAGGUGAAACUCUCGCAACCGACCGUCUCUGUCGUCAUGGUGCUGGUUCGGGUCACGUCCGGAGCACCACCGUACUGCCAGUGCGAAACUUGCGUCACUGUCAGUUUUUUCUCCGGCUUUGCGUAUUCGGUCGUAGAGUCACGGAAAACAGAGCUUUCUAGAAUAUGGCCUCUGACAAGAACGCGCAAAAGACACUCAAGCGACCACUCAGCGUCAAUGAUUGGGAGGACUACAACUGGGGAACGGAAUGGCCCCAGAAAAGGUUUUCAAUGCAAACCAAUCAGCCUCUCUAACAGAAGUAGCUCUUGUGUCGAAUAAAACUUUGGCUGAGAACAGUUGAAAAAAAGCUAGUCAAAAUAAAAAUAAAUGAUGUACAUACAUCACUCUAAUCAAAAUGACCUUUUUAGGUUUUUUUGUUUUCUGACAGCGGCUAUGUGCUACUCAUUUGCCGUUUUUUGAUCGAACCGUUGAGAGAAAAGUUGAAAAAAGUCGGUAUUAUGCAGUAGUAAACAUGAAGAAGAUCAAAUUCACAUAAUUUUUCUCGAAAGCUGAUGAUCGGAGUCAGAAAAAACAACACUAAUGCAUUAGUGCGUGAGAAGGAUAGUUUGAAAUAGAGUGUCAAACUGUUGAACUUCAGAAAAAAAAAGAAUGAAUAAUUAAAUGGGGAAACAUUUCUGCUAGCUGAAAAUUGAAGUCUAGUUUAUGACUUGUUCCUUUGAGACCGCUGAUGUCAGCUUUGGGAAGAGAGCUUCCCAACCCGAAAGGAUUCCAAAAACAGUACGUGGCGAUGUGGUACCGUCACGGCAAACCGAUCAUGGGCCGUGCCUGGAACGUCGCCGGAAAAAUCGAGGCUUCUUUCGUCGAGUAAGCUAGCUCCGUUGACUAUCAUUUCUCCAAGUAAUCUCCUUUUGGUCCAUUUAUAGCUUAAAGCUUGAAUACGUUAAGUAUAAUUAGGCGCAGACUUUUUAUGCGCCAUUUUGGUUUAUUAUAACAGAUUACAGUCUAAAAAAGAGUCUGCAAAAUAAUUAGGAAGCCCAAAAAAGUUAAACAAUUAACAAAAAAAACUUUCCGAAAAUUUUGAGUUGAGUUAUUUCCUUGGGUUAUUUUCUAUAAUUCCUUCAUGAAUUUUUUUUACGGAACUUCGAAAAGAAAGAUGAAAAGAGAAGGACACUUUUUGAUUAAAAAAAUAAACUAAAAUCAACUAAACGCCAUCUGCUGGCUUUGCUGCAGUCCUUCGUGCGACCGCGAGUUCUCCGGCCCCUCGGUCGGCUCUCUUCAGCUGCUCAUCCAACUCCCCGCCACAGCCGUCGGCUACGACUACGUCUGGAUGCCUUACGAACAAGUUUGGCGCCUUUGAGCAGUCUGAUCUCAUUUUUGAUUCUUGGAGGCCUAUCAGUUCCGAGACAAAGACUACCUCCCUGUGCAUAUGAACUACGUCUGCCCGGCUGUUUUCAAAAUCGGGCCUUAUGAAGCCUUGGGUCAGAUUCCAAAAGUUCACAUGAAUAAGUAUUAAACCAACGAAAAUCGUGAAGUUAUCGUAAAAUGGUCAUACAAUUUCGAAAGCUUUCCAUUUUUUCACCGUGUAUAGUCAAUGUUUCCCGACUUGAAAGGCGAGGGAGGCGGGGCAAGGGGCGGGACGCGUAGCGUGUGCGUUCGCGGUUCUUGGCACAAGUUCAAUUCAAUUGCCGUCGACUAUUUAAAAAACUCGGCAACCGCUCUUUUUCAAUGUUUUCUACUAUUAUUUGAUGCACACAUGAACAUAUUCAAUAAAUAAUUGAAAAAAGAAUGAAAAGAGCGAAAAACGGGCUUUUCAAAGAGUCGAUGGCGGUUGAAUUGAACACGUGCCAAGAACCGCGUACGCACACGCUACGCGUCCCGCUCUCUGUCCCGCCUCCCUCGCCUUUCAAGUCGGGAAACAUUGCCUAUAUCGUAAUAAUCGAUUCGAAGGUCAUCUUGCAUCUGCAAUAAGGUAAGAAAAAAAAUGGAGAAUUUAUUAAAAACAAAACAUUUCUCAUCAUGAUUUUGGUUUUCGAGCCUUUUCUUUGGCUUCAACGGCUCAGAAAACACGAUGUAUUCGUUCUAGAGAACUUUUUGUAAAUGAAAAACCUAUUUCGAGUAUAUCAGAACGACUCCGAAUGUGUUGCAGGAGGUCUUGACAUGAACACGGAGAGAGCUUCUGUGGCCCUCGAAGGCAAGGUGACGACGUUGGAAGGAGGCCAGGUGAGACAGCUCCUGGUCCUUUGUCGCCGAGAACACGACGGCACUAUGGUCAUCUGA